AUGUUCACAUUUUCUUCCUUUAAAAAGGUUUUAUUAGGGGUGACAUUUGCGAAUGUUAGUGUUAUAGGUAGCUGUUUUUAUAUAUAUAAAAAGAAUAGACCUUUGAAUGAUGAAACUUUAGAAGUACCGAAUGAAAAAUUUCGUAUAAGAAUAUUCGAUACUUUAGCAAAAGAAUAUGAUGAGAAAAAUGAUUUUAUAGAAAAGAUUACUAGUAUAAAUAAAUAUCGAAGAAAGAAUUUUAGAAAAGUUCGAGGAAUAGUAUUAGAGAUUGGUGCUGGUUCUGGUCGUAAUAUUUCAUAUUUAAAAAAUGUUGAUGUAUUAGUAUGCGUUGAAAAAAGUGAAGAAAUGUGUAAAGUAUUAAAAGAUAAGGUUGAUAAAAUAAAACCACCUUUCUCUGUAUAUAUAAUAAAAGAUGAUAUUAAAAAUAAAAUAUUCAAACCUAAUAUUUUUGAUAAUGUUAUUUCUUCCUUUACCUUAUGUUCAUUAGAAUAUGUAAAUGAAAGCUUACAAAAUAUUUAUAAUGUUAUGAAAAGUAACGGUAAGUUUUAUCUUAUAGAAAGAGGAAUCAUAUAUCACAAAACACUUCGAUAUGUUUUGGAAAAAUUGAAACUAUAUCCUAAUAAAAAAAUUCCUUGGGAAUAUGGUUAUUAUGAAAAUAGAUAUCCUAUAGAUAUUUUAAAAAAUAAUAACUUCUCCAUAAUUUUUAAAGUUAUCAAAAAUGCUGGAAGUAUUUAUGUACUCAUAGCCAAAAAAAAUAAAUAUAACAAUAAUAAUAAUAUCCCUUUAAAUGAUCAUAAUAUAAUAAAACCAAACAUAAAUAAAAUCAUCAGUAAUGACCAACAUGUGAAUAAAAACCAUCAAGAUAAUUCACAAAAAACACAAAAUAUUAAUACAAUAUCAAAGGUUUCUAAAAACAAUUUUGAUAUUCAUGAUAUAUUAUAUAAACCUAAUAUGGUUACCAAUAUAUAUCAUUCGUAUAUCUUUGAGAAAUAA